UUUGCCCGCAGGGGAGCUCGGCACAUGACAGCCUGAGCACGCAGCGUUUUUUUGGUUAGUUUUCGGGAGCGAACCUCACCUAGAACGUAGUUUUCGUCUUAAAAUCAGUUAAAUAGGGAAUUGAAGAUAUCCUUUAUAUCGAAUCCUCAGCAUGAGUGGACGCGAAGGAGGCAAAAAGAAGCCGCUGAAGGCCCCGAAGAAAGAAUCGGGUGAACUGGACGAGGAAGAUAUGGCCUUCAAACAAAAACAAAAGGAACAACAGAAGGCACUGGAGGCGGCCAAGCAAAAGGCAACGAAGGGCGGUCCGCUGCUGCAGGGUGGAAUUAAAAAGUCCGGCAAGAAGUAGUAAGAUCCGCCACAUCAUCCACCAUCCCGACGAGCGAAAAACUGCCCCGGAACGAGUCAUAUGUUGUCAUUUUCCGGCCUGUGCGCCAUGAAUCUUCCCGAGAGUAUACUCCAUGGCCUGGUGUUUCGUACUCAUCCGCGAUGCGCGCAUUUUGUGAAGAAAAAUAAAUAUCUAUAAUACCA